AAGUCUUACUCUUGUCCCCCAGGCUGGAGUGCAAUGGCACGAUCUCAGCUCACUGCAACCUCUGCCUCUCAAGUUCAAGCGAUUCUCCUUCCUCAGCCUCCUGAGUAGCUGGAAUUUUACAGGCACCGGCCACCAUGCCCGACUAAUCUUUGUAUUUUAAUAGAGAUGAGGUUUCACCAUGUUGGCCAGGCUGGUCUAUGAAGUCCUGACCUCAGGUCAUCUGCCUGCCUCGGCCACCCAAAGUGCUAGGAUCACGGGUGUGAGCCACUGCACCCGACUGUAGUUAUUUUUACUUAUGAACAAUGAAGGAUCAGUAAAAUGGUAGAGAAAUAAACUUGAGGAAAAAACCCAACUAGCAGUGGAUUACUAGGAUGAUAUAAUAUUAGGACAGGUUCAGGAUGCCACUCUGUCAGAGAAACUCUAACAUUUUGGCUAAACAAUAUUUUAAGAAGAUUAGAUCAUGAUUGAAUUCUAUGAUGCAGCAUCUAGUCAUAAAAUUUUUAGCAGAAUACAUUGUCAACCAGGAAGACCACCAUGAUAAUGAAACUAAAGCCCUGCUCUGAAGCAGUUUGUGGUGGUUGUCCUGCCAGAUUUAUGAUCCCCGAAUUAUUCUGUGAGAACAAAUAGACACAAGUUCUCACAGCAGUCCAUGCCUAAAACAUGAACUCUUUUUGCAGGACAAAAGUCUAACCACAAGACAGUGUGGCUCCUGACCCCAAAUGAGGUCAUCUGUACUGCUUUGAUGUUCCAGACUUUCAUAAAGCUGUUCAGUAACAACAGCCAAAAAAGUCAGUUAUCUAGAUGUUUUCUAUCAAUCUCUUAAGUCACAAAUAGAUGUCUGUGGAUGACUUUAUGACAAUCAUCUCAAUGGAGAUGCAGAGAGCAAUUUAAAUUCAAACCAUGUAUUGCAAGGCGAAAUGGGAAAUCAGGCACAGUAACCACCCUCAGAAAACUUUCAAUCUAAAAGUGAUAAGAUUAUGAAAUGUAUUCAGAAGAUAGUUCAAAGUAAAAAUCAGAUUCUAAACCAGGUACUGUAUGAAUUACAUUUACAUCUCACAUCCAGCCUGUAGAGUACAGAACUAUGAUGACCUUUCACAGAUGAUGAAAUUGAGUUAUUUGAGAGAUUAAUUUUCUGUCCAAUAUCAUACAGAUCAUUAAUACUGAAACCCAGGAUUUCAAAUGAUCCUGAAGUAGGUGAUCUUUUCUUGAUCUCACUCUGCUUCUGACAUACUAUUCCUGGUGGGCUCUUCCUACAUAUCAGGUCGUUAAAUAAGCUGCCAGAUUUCUGCCUUUACAGCCCAAGGAGCUUGUCAUGGACCAUGGGCAUGGAGGGUCUUCUCCAGAACUCCACUAACUUCGUCCUCACAGGCCUCAUCACCCAUCCUGCCUUCCCCGGGCUUCUCUUUGCAAUAGUCUUCUCCAUCUUUGUGGUGGCUAUAACAGCCAACGUGGUCAUGAUUCUGCUCAUCCACAUGGACUCCCGCCUCCACACACCCAUGUACUUCUUGCUCAGCCAGCUCUCCAUCAUGGAUACCAUCUACAUCUGUAUCACUGUCCCCAAGAUGCUCCAGGACCUCCUGUCCAAGGACAAGACCAUUUCCUUCCUGGGCUGUGCAGUUCAAAUCUUCCUCUACCUGACCCUGAUUGGAGGGGAAUUCUUCCUGCUGGGUCUCAUGGCCUAUGACCGCUAUGUGGCUGUGUGCAACCCUCUACGGUACCCUCUCCUCAUGAACCGCAGGGUUUGCUUAUUCAUGGUGGUCGGCUCCUGGGUUGGUGGUUCCUUGGAUGGGUUCAUGCUGACUCCUGUCACUAUGAGUUUCCCCUUCUGUAGAUCCCGAGAGAUCAAUCACUUUUUCUGUGAGAUCCCAGCCGUGCUGAAGUUGUCUUGCACAGACACGUCACUCUAUGAGACCCUGAUGUAUGCCUGCUGUGUGCUGAUGCUGCUUAUCCCUCUAUCUGUCAUCUCUGUGUCCUACACGCACAUCCUCCUGACUGUCCACAGGAUGAACUCUGUUGAGGGCCGGCGCAAAGCCUUUGCUACGUGUUCCUCCCACAUUAUGGUGGUGAGCGUUUUCUACGGGGCAGCCUUCUACACCAACGUGCUGCCCCACUCCUACCACACUCCAGAGAAAGAUAAAGUGGUGUCUGCCUUCUACACCAUCCUCACACCCAUGCUCAACCCACUCAUCUACAGCUUGAGGAAUAAAGAUGUGGCUGCAGCUCUGAGGAAAGUACUAGGGAGAUGUGGCUCCUCCCAGAGCAUCAGGGUGGUGACUGAUCAGGAAGGACUAGCAGGGACUCCCAGAGUAUCAGCGUGGUGACUAUGAUCAGGAAGGACUAGUGGGGACUCCCAGAGCAUCAGGGUGGCAACUGUGGUCAGGGAAGACUAGCGGGG